UCCGGUGCUAGCUGGCGGUGGUGCCUGUGCUUCCUUGCGAAGCUUGGUGCUGUCUGAGGAGCAACAGGAAUCCUCGUAGUCCUGUGCCAUGGCUUCUCGGUAUGAUAGGGCGAUCACUGUAUUUUCCCCAGACGGACAUCUUUUCCAAGUGGAAUAUGCUCAGGAGGCAGUGAAGAAGGGAUCCACUGCGGUUGGAAUUCGAGGCACAAAUAUAGUUGUGCUUGGGGUAGAAAAAAAAUCUGUCGCCAAGCUUCAGGAUGAAAGAACUGUGAGGAAAAUUUGUGCUCUUGAUGACCACGUUUGCAUGGCUUUUGCAGGACUGACUGCUGAUGCUAGGGUAGUAAUAAACAGAGCCCGGGUGGAGUGCCAGAGCCAUAAGCUUACGGUUGAGGAUUCGGUCACCGUGGAAUAUAUAACUCGCUUCAUAGCAACUUUAAAGCAGAAAUAUACCCAGAGCAAUGGACGAAGACCUUUUGGUAUAUCUGCCUUAAUUGUAGGUUUUGAUGAUGAUGGUAUCCCAAGACUGUAUCAGACAGAUCCCUCUGGUACUUAUCAUGCUUGGAAAGCAAAUGCAAUAGGCCGAAGUGCUAAAACUGUUCGAGAAUUUCUAGAAAAGAAUUACACAGAAGAUGCUAUAUCAGAUGACAGUGAUGCUAUCAAAUUAGCAAUAAGAGCCUUACUAGAAGUUGUCCAGUCUGGUGGAAAGAACAUUGAACUGGCUAUAAUAAGGAGAAAUCAACCUUUGAAGAUGUUUAAUGCCAAAGAAAUUGAAUUACAAGUAACUGAAAUAGAAAAGGAAAAGGAAGAAGCAGAGAAGAAAAAACCAAAGAAAGCUGUUUAAUUCUUAGGAUGAACAUUUGAAACUUUUGAUGUUUUGUUAUACUUCUUGGAAUUACUUACUUCAGUUUUAAAGGAAGUAAGUUUUCAGUGUUAUGUUUAGAACUUCUAUGUGCUGCUUUGAAAAUGUCAAAUAUGUGGCCAUCUUUAUUACAAAGUCAAACAUAGGCUAGUGAGAUGACUUUCUUGAAAA